AAGGGAGUCUGAGCUGCGGAGGCACUAACAAUGGACACCCAGAAAGACGUUCAACCCCCAAAGCAACAGCCAAUGAUAUAUAUUUGUGGAGAGUGUCACACUGAAAAUGAAAUAAAAUCCAGGGAUCCAAACAGAUGCAGAGAAUGUGGAUACAGAAUAAUGUACAAGAAAAGGACUAAAAGAUUGGUGGUUUUUGAUGCUCGAUGAAAUGGGAAUUUAGGAGUGUCUUCAUUUGCCCCAUUGAUGUUUUUCUUUAUUGUAUAGUUUUUGACUUAGCUUAAUGAAAACGACUGUAUACCUAUUUCAUUUUAGAAAUGCUAUUGUAUUUUAAUACUUUGUAUAAAGGAAAUUUUGGUUCAACAUAGUUUUUUUGUUCUUGUGAUCUC